UUGGAACUAAUUUACUAGCUAGUUACCUCCACACAAAGAUUGGUUCUUGACUCGGUUUGGUUUCAGACUUUCAGUCAACCGGUCCAUGUUUUUCUGGCCUUGCUGUAGUUGCUUAAGUGCAAGUCGAGUUCAAAUUUGCUUUGAGCAACGAGACCCAGAAACAGAGUUGGUCUCUUUUCAGAUUUUACCGCACUAUCAAAAACCCUUCUUUUGUUUGUAUCUUUUAGUAUUUCAUACCACAAAAGAUCCAGAGUUUCUUAGAAAAGGUCAAGAUUUUGGAGUGAGGGAGUCUUUAGUCUCCACUUGGAGAGCAACAGAGUAAAACACAAUUUGAUUUCCAGAUUACAAUCUUCCAGAAUUACCCAAAAAGGACAUCCUUUUGGUCUUGUGUUUGUAAUCUUCUAUCUGGGUUUUUCUUUGAAGGUCUCUCUCUAUGGUGACUUGAUUGGGUUGAAUAGAGUGGUGGUGUGAGUUUUGAUGGGCAUGAACUCCUUUCUCAGGUUGCACCUGAAUGCAGGCCUAUGCCGGAAAUAAUCUGUCUUUGAAAACUAUGGUUGAUCAAAAGCUUCAAGUUGUUGUCCGACAGCACCACUUCUGCAAUUUUUUGCUGCACUCACAUAGGAAAUGAGGGUCUCACUUCCGAGUUUUAGCUGGUUGCAAAAUGUUGACACUAGAAGAAGUUACAAAUGUUGCAUCUGCUCCGGCUUCAGAAGUAAUUUCUCAAACAGUAGAGGCCAUUUUUGAAAUACUUGCUGCUUCCAGGGAUGUCCUUGUUAAGAAGGAUACGUUUAAGGAACUUGCAACUUAUUUGGAAAGGAUGGUCCCCAUCUUAAGAGAAUUGAGUAAGAAUACAGUUUUAAAUAGUGAGAGCUUGAACAAUGUUCUGGACAUCCUUAACCGAGAAAUAAGAGCUGCGAAGAAACUGACUAUUGAGUGCAGCAAGAGAAACAAAAUGUAUCUCUUAAUGCAUUGCCGAACGAUAGUUAACCACCUACAGAAUACUAUGACAGAGAUCAGUCGCGCUCUAGCUCUUCUUCCCCUGACCUCUCUAGAUCUUUCAUCUGGCAUAGUUGAAGAAAUUGGUAAGGUUCGUGAAAAUAUGCUUGGAGCUGAGUUCAGGGCAGCUAUAGCAGAAGAAGAAAUUAUGGAAAAAAUCGAAUCUGGAAUCCAGGAGAGGAAUAUGGAUCGUUCUUAUGCCAAUAGUUUGUUGCUUCUCAUUGCAGAGGCAGUUGGAAUCCCAACUGAGAGGUCAGCAUUGAAGAAGGAACUAGAGGAAUUCAGAAGUGAGAUAGAAAAUGCUCGGCUAAAGAAAGACCAGGCUGAAGCUAUACAAAUGGAACAGAUAAUUGCUUUAUUAGAAAGAGCUGAUGCAGCUUCAUCUCCUGAGGAGAAAGAAAGGAAAUAUUUCACUAAGCGAAGAUCGUUGGGCAGUCAACCAUUGGAACCACUUCAGUCAUUUCAUUGUCCAAUCACUGGUGAUGUUAUGGUGGACCCUGUGGAAACUUCUUCAGGACAAACAUUUGAGAGAACUGCUAUAGAAAAAUGGUUAGCUGAAGGUAAUAGUUUGUGUCCGCUGACCAGGACUCCAAUAGACACUUCAGUUUUACGGCCCAAUAAAACUCUGAGGCAAUCAAUAGAAGAAUGGAAGGAUAGAAAUACCAUGAUUACGAUUGCUUCCAUGAAAUCAAAACUCAAUUCUGAAGACGAGGAGGAAGUGCUCCAUUGCCUUAAAGAACUUCUAGAUCUUUGUAAACAAAGUGAUCUUCAUCAGGAAUGGGUCAUAUUGGAGGACUAUAUACCUAUUCUCCUCCAACUUCUUGGUUUAAGAAAACCUGAGAUAAGGAAUCAAGUUCUCGUCAACCUUUUAACUUUGGUGAAGGACAGUGAUGAUGCCAAGGAAAGAAUGGCCAGAGUUGUCGAUGGUAUUGAACUUAUUGUUCGGUCACUUGGGCGCCGUGUCGAGGAAAGGAAGUUAGCAGUGGCAUUACUAUUGGAAUUGUCAAAGUAUGAUUCGAUUAGAGAAAAAGUUGGGAUGGUUCAAGGUUGCAUACUCCUGUUAGUUACCAUGUCCAACAGUGAUGAUAAUCAAGCUGCUAGAGACGCACGAGAUCUGUUGGAGAAUCUGUCAUUUUCAGACCAAAAUGUUAUACAAAUGGCAAAGGCAAAUUAUUUUGAGCAUUUGCUGCAGCGUCUUUCUACAGGACCAGAAGAUGUGAAAGUGGUCAUGGCAUCUACAUUGGCAGACAUGGAGUUGACUGACCACAACAAAGAGUCUUUGCUUGAAGGGGGAGUACUGGGUCCACUUCUCGAUAUGGUCUCACAUGGUGACGUUCCAAUUAAAGUAGGGGCUGUUAGAGCUCUUAGAAACCUCUCUAGCUUACCAAAAAAUGGCUCGCAAAUGAUUAGAGCAGGUGCAGAACGCCCAUUACUUGACCUUCUUUAUGAUCAUAGCUCGUCAUUGUCAAGUUUGCGUGAGCAUUCAGCGGCCACAAUCAUGCACCUAGCCAGGUCAGUGGUGUUUCAAGAAUCCAGCCAGACACCUGCUUGUUUUUUGGAAUCAGAAGAAGACAUUUUCAGGCUUGUCUAUAUGAUUAACCUAACGGGGCCUGAUGUACAGCACAACAUCAUUCUCACCUUCCACACUUUGUGCCAAUCCCCCUCUGCUAUAAGCAUCAAGACCAAGUUGAUAGAGUCCUCAGCUGUGCAAGUGUUGACUCAAUUGUUUGAGCACGAUAACCCAAAUCUAAGAGCAAAUGCAGUAAAGCUGUUCUCUUGCUUAAUAGAGGGUCACAGUGAAGCCAUCAAGAUAAGGGAGCAUGUGGGUCAGAAAUGCAUUGAGACUAUAGUCAAGAUUAUCACAUCUUCUGGUGAUGAUGAAGAGAUUGCCUCUGCAAUGGGUGUUAUCUCUAACCUUCCAGAAAUCCCCCAGAUCACAGAGUGGUUCGUCGAUGCUGGGGCACUACCUAUCAUAGUUAGUUUCAUCCAGAAUAGCCAGCGGAAUGGUCCCUAUAAAAAUCAGGUGAUAGAAAAUGCUGUUGGAGCCAUUUAUCGUUUCACUGUUCCAUCAAACUUGGAAUGGCAACGGAGUGCAGUUGAAGCUGGCAUUAUACCCUUAUUUGUACAGUUGCUGGUGUCCGGAACCUCCUUGACUAAAACACGUGCAGCCUUAUCUCUUUCUCGAUUUUCACAGAGUUCACCCAGGUUGAGCAGGUCAUUACCUAAGCGCAGAGGACUCUGGUGCUUCUCACCCCCACCAGAAACUGGGUGCCCUGUUCAUGGAGGAAUUUGUGGCAUUGUUUCAUCAUUUUGCCUUGUGCAGGCUGAAGCGGUGAGACCACUAGUCCGGAUGCUUGGGGAACCUGAUACUGAAGCUUGUGAGGCUUCUUUAGAUGCUUUAGUGACUUUAAUUGAAGGUGAGAGACUGCAGAAUGGUUGUAAGGUGCUCACAGAUGCAGACGCCAUUCCUCCUAUAAUAAAAUUUCUUGUUCAGCCCUCCCCUAGUUUGCAGGAGAAGGCUCUACAUGCUUUAGAGAGAAUGUUCCGGCUGCCAGAGUUUAAACAGAAGUUUGGACAGUUAGCUCAGAUGCCUUUAGUUGACUUAACUCAGCGUGGAACUGGUGGUAUGAAAUCUAUGGCAGCCAGAAUACUUGCUCAUUUGAACGUGCUUCAUGAUCAGUCUUCUUAUUUCUAAAGGGACUUCUUGGUUCACCUGUAUGUGUCCAGUGAUUUUAAGAUGAAGCAUAAACUCACUUUGGUGCUUCAACUUGACUAGAUAUCUAGAUGAGGAACUUGCGGGGAAAAACUUAACAUGGGAGCCCUCACUGAUUCGUGCUAGAAAGUAUCUGGUUUUCUGACAUUAAUUUGACACGAAAUCCAGUUUUUCUUGAGUUUUUGACAUGGAGUUGUAGCUUCAAGUACCACAAAUGGCAAUUCAACUUCUACUGGUCUUAGAUUAAAAACUGAGUUGUACGACAAGUAGUAUUCCGAUCGUAUGGAGCUUGAUUGUGACUGACACAGAGUGGCACAGGAUGUUCAUUUAUGUUGGUGUACAUGAAGCUUGAUCUGCUCGUUGGUGCAAGCAGAAGAAAAAUCAGUGUAAAACACCACUAUCGAACUCUGGUAAGGAAGUUGUGAUCAUUUUUUCAACAUCCCUAUAUUCUUUCACUGUUAGGUGUGAAUUCUUUCUCGUUUGUAUAUGUAGGAAAAUCAGUUAAAAAGAAUCAUAUUAACUUACCGUGUCAUUGAAAAUCCAUUCAUAUUAGUUUUCCAAAAAAAAAAAAUCAUUCUUAUUACCAGGCUUCUUGGAGUAGCUCCUAAAAAGUGAAGACCAGGCUUCUUGGAGAAGCUCCUAAAAAGUGAAGACUUGUCUUGUCCCUGUUCCUUGCUCAAGUGUGCUAGCAAAAUAUUCAAUGUGUAUGUAAUGCAUCUGUAUAAUCAUCAUUUUGGAACAUGACUACUACAUGUGUGUUCUCUGUUCUCUGUGUAAAGUAGAUUUGUAAGAAACUAUAUUGGCUUGAUAAUCUUCCAUAUAUAUAUACUUUGCAAAGGGCCAUAACGCCGAAUUUGGCUUGAUGACUCGAUUGAAUAGCUAGUAAAAUUGU